UCCUCAGGCGGCCCCUGCCUGGCGCUAAAUUUAAAUCUCUGACCACGGCGUGGGCUGACUCCGGAAACGAAAAGCCCGCGCGCCUUCGGUGCAGGCCUGAGUGCGCCGCGCUACCCGGAACAGACGCUUCUCCCGCCAUUUUCGCUCGGAAGGCUGCGGCCUGCACUAGGCGUGGUGGAGGCUAUGGGCGGCGGCGGGGAGCGCGCGGCCGAGCAGCGCGUGUUCCUGCUCCCAGAAUAUUUGAAAAAUGCUUCUAAGAUGAAAAAUGGACUUAUGUUCGUAAAAUUGGUUAACCCCUGUUCAGGGGAAGGAGCCAUUUACUUGUUCAAUAUGUGUCUGCAGCAGCUGUUUGAAAUAAAGGUUUUCAAGGAAAAACACCAUUCUUGGUUUAUAAAUCAGUCAGUUCAAUCAGGUGGUCUUCUCCACUUUGCAACACCUAUGGAUCCUCUAUUUCUGCUUCUCUAUUAUCUUAUAAAGGCUGAUAAAGCGGGAAAAUUUCAACCCCUAGAUCAGGUUUUGAUGGAUGACAUGUUUCCAAAUUCCAUCUUAUUGCUGAAACUUCCUGAACUUGAGAAGUUACUUCAACAUGUGACACAGGAAAAAGAAAUAAAUAGCAGGAAGUAUUAUAAGUAUAGCAAAGAGAAGACAUUGAAUUGGCUGGAAAAAAAGGUUCAUCAGACUGUUGCAGCUUUAAAAACCAAUAAUGUAAAUGUGAGUGGCCGAGUUCAGGCAACUGCCAUUUUCUCUGCUGAUCAGGCCUCUAGUGAAAAAGAAGAGGAUUAUAUUCUCUAUGCCUAUGGUCUGAUAUCUGAUUAUAUCCCUAAAGAAUUAAGUGAUGACCUCUCUAAGUAUUUAAAACUUCCAGAACCUUCAGCUCCAUUGGCAAAUCCUCCAUCUAAGAAAGUAAAGUUAUCAGAUGAGCCUGUAGAAGCCAAAGAAGAUUACACUAAGUUUAAUUCUAAAGAUUUGAAGACUGAAAAGAAAAAUAGCAAAAUGACUGCAGCUCAGAAGGCUUUGGCAAAAGUUGACAAGAGUGGAAUGAAAAGUAUCGAUUCCUUUUUUGGUGCAAAAAAUAAAAAAAAAAAAAGUUGAGCAGAUUUUAAAAAGAAAUCUAGCCCGUUACAAGUACUAUUUUUACUCCUUCCUCCAAAGCCACUGUGCUUACCCUUAAAUUAUCACCUUAUGGGAGAAAGGGCGGGCAGUUCUUCAACAUUUCUUUGUAUUUGAUUUUUAUGUCCCUGAACAGAAUAUGGGAAAGUAAUUAUGCAACUUCAUGGCUUAUGGCCUUUGGAGUUUCUUUUCACAUAGUGAAAAGCAAUCAAGUGAAUAGA